UUGACAGAUGCCUGACGUGUAACACUGUAACCGCUUAUCUUGAGAAUGUACUAUUUGUUCGACAUAAUAUAAGACAGCUAAUUUAAUAGAAGCCAAACCUUGUCAUUGUUUACAUUCAAGGACCCAUAAGCCAAGUAGAUUCAUCUUUGAUCGUUUAGUUUUGUUUCGUUGCGUUCUUUUGUAAAAAUGACAGGUGGAAACAAAAAACUCCAUGUUAUAGGUGCAUCUGAAACCAAAAAGAACAGACCUAAAGUAUUGAAAUCAUCAGAUCAUUCAACUCACAGUCACAAUCAGGGUGUUUCAACACUUAAUAUUUCAGAAAACAACACAAUGGAAGCCUUUUACACUGGGGUUGGUGUUAUCGCCAUAAGUGUUGUUUCCUGGUUUGUCUACCAGGGUUAUCUAGAAACACGGGUGAAUAGUCCAUUGACUGAAAACAAGGUUGCUUUUCCCUCUAGUCAUGAUUUCCCAGAAAGAUACUGGGGAAGUUUUCGACCUGGAGUCUACUUUGGUAUGAAGUCUAGGGACACACACUCCUUGCUUGCAGGUCUUAUGUGGUUUAUGCCUGAUGUAGCUGCAGCUGGUAACUUAAACUUGAGACAUCUUUGUGACCAAGGGGACAACCUGGAGCAAUAUGGUUGGAAAGAACAUGAUGGAAGAAACUUUGGUGUUCAAGUAAUUAUCGAUAAAUUUAUUCAGUUGGAAACGUCUUUUGUAACCAAACUUGGAGGUAAUCAUGGAGGAGACUGGACUGCUAGAAUUCAAGUUGAACCAAGGAUGAAAGAACUGAAGGGGCAACAGGUGACACUGUAUUUUUAUCUAACUUUGGAUGACAAUGGAAAAGGACUACUUCAACCUAUUAGAAUGAUAGAUAACAUGGACACAUCAGGAAUGGAUGCCAGUGAAUCAGUCAAAUUUCUUGGCCUUUCUGCUGUGCAUGGGCACACUGAAAAGCUCGGGGACUUUCGAGUGAGUUUUCAUCAUGCCAAUCAACAAUCAAUCGUCCAUACUGCAUUUCUUAGCACAACUGUUGCAAGCCCACACCUUGUUAAAGAUGCCUUGCAGUCUGGAUUAAGACUGAUGGAAGACAAGAGGAGUAAGGAGCGUCAUAUCAGCCUAGCCGGUGCUCUGUUCGCCAAAGAAGAUAAUUUAAAGCAACCCAAUUUCGUUGUACAUCAAGUUACCGGAAAAUUACCCCUUCAGCUGGAAAUAGUCUACGAAUCAAACAGCUUUGCUGAACGUGGAAUCCUGCUACGGGGAGAAGUGUACGAUGCUCUUCUUCAAAAGUACCGGGAACAGUUUCGAAUCCAAUUUGAAAACAAGUUUCGCCUUAACGAAAAAGGUUUUAGUGAAGAGGAACAAGAUUUUGCCAAGUCUGCCAUGAGUAAUCUUGUAGGGGGCAUCGGUUACUUCUAUGGAAGCUCCAAAGUUCAGUCUGUUCACAACAAAGAACCUGUGCCAUACUGGAAUGCACCACUCUACACAGCUGUUCCAUCUCGCAGCUUUUUUCCACGGGGAUUUCUAUGGGACGAAGGAUUUCACAAUCUCAUCAUCAGUCAAUGGGACCGGGAGAUUUCAUUCGAUAUCAUGGCGCAUUGGUUUGACUUAAUGAAUGUUGAAGGUUGGAUCCCACGUGAACAAAUUUUAGGUUCAGAAGCUAGAGCUCGAGUACCCGACGAGUUUGUGGUGCAGAGAAACAAUCAAGGAAACCCACCAACCUUUUUCCUAGUGCUAGACGCUAUGUUCAAGAACCGACCUGUGCGGGACAUAAGCACGCUGGAAUUGGAGCAACUCAAUCGCAUGUGGCCACGCCUGGUGUCCUGGUACAAUUGGUUCAAUACUAGUUUGCAUGGUUCAGAACCAGGAACCUACUACUGGAGAGGCCGAGACACUGCUUCUGCCCGCGAACUAAACCCUAAAUCUCUAUCGUCUGGAUUGGAUGACUAUCCUAGAGCCUCACAUCCAACAACAUAUGAACGCCAUCUUGACUUACGUUGCUGGAUUACACUCGCAGCUAAAGUAAUGGCGUCCAUCGCUGAUAUUAUUGGUCGAGAAGGUCGGAAAUACCACGAGACGUUCGUUUUCUUAUCGAACAAUGAAUUACUGAACGCACAGCAUUGGUCAGAAAAAGCCAAGCGUUACGCCGACUAUGGCCUGCAUUCGAGUAACGUCACGCUCCGGCGACCCAAAAGCAUUGCUGGCCAACCAAAACCCGACAAAAUUCGAUGGGUAUCAGAAGAGCCUACGCCUAGAUUUGUUGACGAUACAUUUGGUUACGUCAGCCUCUUCCCGUUGAUAGUAGAGAUUCUACAGCCUGAUUCACCCCAGCUUGGACAGCUUCUUCAGGACUUGCGGAAUCCUAACUUACUUUGGACUAAAUAUGGCCUUAGAAGUUUGUCUAAAACGUCGCCCUUGUACAACAAGCGUAAUACGGAACAUGAUCCUCCGUACUGGCGCGGUCCAAUUUGGAUUAACGUGAACUAUCUAGUUGCUCGUGCAUUGCACCACUACUCAGUAGUAGAGGGCCCGCAUCAAACUCGAGCGUUGUUGCUCUACAAUGAGCUUCGUGAAAACCUGAUCACCAACGUUUUACGCGAAUAUCGAAAGACUGGCUACAUUUGGGAGCAAUACAAUGAUGCCAAUGGAGCUGGACAAGGCUGCAGGCCUUUUACCGGAUGGUCUACUCUGAUCUUACCACUGAUGUCAGAAACCUACGUCUAAAAAGAAAAGCAAGCGUACAUCAUCCAACGACAGAGUUGUACAAACAUUUCUAAGAAUAUCUAGAGGAGAAGAAAAUAUUAUGUCAUGAGUACAAUUUCUACAGCAAUACACUGUGUGUAUUUGAA